AUGCCUGGUGUAUUUAGAUCAGGAUAUCCAAACAAGAAGAAUUUUCCCUUCCUCAAGAAGAUUGGACUCAAAUCAAUUUGUUACCUCUGUCCUGAACAAUAUGCUCAUAAUAAUAUGGAAUUUUGUAGAAAAGUUGGAAUUAGAAUAUUUCAAUUUGGUAUUGAAGGAAACAAGGAACCAUUUGUACACAUACCAGAAGAUGCCAUCAGAAAGGCUAUUACAGAAUUAUUAAAUCCUAAAAAUCAUCCAAUUUUAAUACAUUGCAACAAGGGAAAACAUAGAACUGGUGUUCUGGUUGGAUGUUUGAGGAAGACUCAAAAUUGGUCACUCACAAGUAUUUUCGAUGAAUAUAGACGAUUUGCUGGAAGUAAAGUGAGAAUGUUAGAUCAACAAUUUAUUGAAUUGUAUAGUAAUAUUACUAGUAAUUAA